GGUGGGUGAGAGGAUGCAGGGAAUUAGUAGUAAAUGAGGGAGUGGGAGUGUACGCACGGUUAAAUAUUGAAGGUAGAGAGAGAGAGGAGGAGUGAGUGCAUUUCAUAUAUAUAUAUAUAUAUGCAGCAGGGUGGUGGUAGCUGAUCAAAAAUCGCGCGCCAAGGCCUCUCUGAGGGAGAGGGAGAGAGAUAAAAGAGACAAACAUUAUUCAAAAUUUAGAUAAUCAUCUAGUGAUCGGAUCGAUGGAUCAGGUAAUGAACAAGGUGGGUUCUUAUUGGUUGGGUCAGCAAGCCAACAAAGAAUUCAACUCUGUCGGCAAUGAAAUCAACGCAUUGUCAAACAACCUUGAAGAUGGAGCCAAAUGGCUGGUUAAUAAGAUUAAAGGUAAAGUACAAAAACCAUUAACAGAAGUUUUGAAGGAGAAUGAUCUGCCGAUAGGCAUAUUCCCCCGUGACGCCACCAAUUACGAGUUCAAUGAGGAGACCAAGAAGCUUGUGGUUCACAUUACAAGAGUGUGUGAAGUGGGUUACAAGGAUCAAUCUGUAGUGCGUUUCAACACCACUGUAACCGCUUUGUUAGAACAAGGUAAGCUGUCUAAUAUAGAUGGAAUGAAGACGAAGAUGUUCAUGUUUUGGGUGAAGGUGAGCUGUAUCACUACUAGUCAAGACUCCAAGCUUCAUUUUGCUGCUGCCAGUAUAGGGUCAUCAACCAGGAAUAGAGACGCUUAUGAGGUAACUAGAGAUGGGGUAAUUGCAGACAAUUUCUGAACAGGGCCGCUACACAAUUUCUGUAAUUUUUUCAUGAUCAUGACGACCCUCAAACUCAAUCAACUCAUCUCUUUAAUA